AUGACGUUGUCGCCGCACUGGCCUGGCCCACACCCGCGAGGUCACGAGUUGGCCGGUGUUGGAGCAGCAGCGACGACUGCAACCGCUACCUCGAGCGCGACCACGACGGGCAAGCGCAUGAUGGCGUCCAUGUCUCACCACGCACACCGACCCCACGACGCGUCGACGGACCUGGCCCAUUCUCCCAAUCCCUCCUUGGGGACCAAGCUUUCGUAUGAGAUUCGACUCGAAGGCAAAGGCGUAGUGACGGGCUCGCUGUACGACCCCGUUCGUCAUGAGGCGAAUUCCCUGCGUGCGCUGCUCAGCGCGCCGUCGGCGGGCGGAGUGGUGGGGUCGUCUGCCACCCCUCACGCACGCGCUCCUGCGAUUGGCUCGACCACCGCAACCAAGCGCAGGGCCCAUUCCCCCGCCCGGCAGGAACAUCAAUUACCGGGGAAACGGAAGCGUAUUGUAGCUGCUACUGCUACUGCAGCUCGUGGUCGUUGUGAGUCUUCAUGUGCUUGUCCUGGCAUGGUCCCUUUGCACUUGGGUCCGGCCGAGUAG